UCUCGGGUGAAUUCGCACCGGACUACUAUACUGGAAUAUCGGUAACCUCGUCAGCAAGGAUGGCUUCAUUAUUAAGUUAGUGGCUUCCGCAAACAGCGAUAUAGUCCGGCCGUUGUUUAUACAAGUAUGUACUCCGUACGGAGUAGUCUGAUGACCGAACAUGUUUUUGUUGUCGCAGGAACUCGGACUGCUCAAAAGCUCCUCAUUUCGCAGUGCACAGCAUAUCGAGUGCAAUGAGUGAAUUGGAGAAUACCAGUCAGUCAAACAGACGCGUAAGUACGUGUGCAUGAAAGUUUGCUCCGGGAGCGAGGCGCGGGUAUACGGGACCGUGUGCAGCAGGAGCCAAUCCGGCAGCGUGGCUGGAGGAGCUCAUGCGAAGCGGUACCAGGAUGAAAAUGCAAGCAAAUGCACGCAAGCCGGUGCUGGAAUGCAGAAGGGUAGCACCAGAGCGUUGUAUCCUAAACAAGCCAUCAACUCGGAAUAUCGACAGUGCGUCUCACACAGGACAAAGUAAGUUCGAAGUCUUUAUCGUCUCUAACGAAGGUCGACGACACAGCGUCAGAAGCAAGUCAAGCCGGAUGGAUGAUGGGCAAUCAUGGCGAGCUUCUCGAAGCAGCGGCGAACAAGUGGCGCGCCACCCGUGUACCGUGAGGGAGGGUGAGGGAGGGUGAGGGAGGGUGAGGUGGUGCAGCGGUGCAGCGGUGCAGGAUGCAGAUGAAGGGCAAUAUGGAAAGCGGAGUUGGGGGCCUAGGCGUGGGUGACGAUUUGCUGGGUAUUCGCACCCUGGGCUGCACCGGUCCCUCUGGAUUCUUCGGGGCGGCGACACACCGACCGACGGAACAGGCAGUUGGCGG